AUGCUGAACAUGGGCCAGGGCAACGAGACGGCGCAGGAUCUCGAUUCUGCGGAGCUGGAGGUCCAAUUCCUUUCUGCCAUCGGCUUCUCUGGUGUUUCCGAAACUAGAGAGCCAGACUCCCAGCGCAAGUUGAAGCCCCCGUCUCAACCACACUCACACGUCCGAAACGAACUCAGCGACUUAGUCGAAGAGAGAGGCCACCCGUGCAACCUGCCAGCCGACCAACCUGGAACGCGGACUCGCAACCGGUCCCGGGCUCAGCAAGCACUGCUGAGGAACCAGACAAAAGGACUAACCAUUACAUACUGGGACGCCCAAAGGAUUGCAAAGGGUAUCGUCGAUCCGUCAGCAUACCUCUACUAUGAGGAUGAGCCUAUCGGAUCCACGACAUCUUACCACCCUGAUGUUAACCAUACAUCUUCACUUACUAGUCUUCAUCCUAGACUUAGAGUGUCAGAGACUCAGAAAUUCGAAAGCGUACCAUUCGGGCGCGGUUCUGUUCCGCGUGAGGAGCCCGAGAGCAGCAGUAUAGGGCGCCGGCGAGUACGCGGACAAAAGGGCGGCGGCCCGCGAGGUGUUGGCGCAGGAGGUGACGAGCAGCAUGGUGGUAGGACUAAUGGCCGAGACGGCGGCGGACGUGCUCCUCAGCUCGACCAACUUGAACCUGACCUGAGGAUGUACCGGAUGCCGCGCCCGGAUAGGAACUACCCAGGAUCGUCAUACAGCCUUCCGUCACUGGGAUCUGGGUUCAACAUUAGCAACAAUGGUGUUGAUGCUCGACAAUCAAAAGGCACGGAUGCGGACAUAAGGAACACCAUCGGCCUGAAACCCAGCAUUUACAAGUCCCCUGCCCUGGGUAAUACGUGGACCAAAUAUAACUGGUCCGAUCCCAACGGCCGAGAUGCGGACGAGGUCUUCACCCAAGCGUCCUAUCUCGGGACGUUUAUCAACGCCUGGAUGAAAGGCGUCCCUAAAAACGUUGUUGCAAACCUCAGUCAUUGUGGCGAGGCCUACUGGAGGUGCGACAUUGAUACCUUCACCGGGCGUCUCCUGCCACCGGUCAUUCAACCUGAAACCAUGCUUGAUCCUACACCGCUCGAUCCAAACAUGGACUGGCGGCGCCGGAACUGGACCUCGACUCUUCUCAGAAAACAUUAUAACACGCGCCGCAAUGGUCGCCUCCGCGAGAACAAGCAUUUUACCUUACCUACCCAACUCGAAUAUGCGGCACCCGAAGGUAUUGCCAUCGACGAGCCAGUAAUUGAGAGGCCAGAAUAUCACCGUUUUGUCCCGCGAAUCGCCUCCUUUUUGCGCCCAGCCGUAAAGAGCGACAUGGAAGCAGUUUGCGCAAUCUACAACUGGGAGGUGAAACACGGGUUGCAAGCACUCGACUCUCAACCACUUUCUGUAGAGGAGUUUCAGAACAUCCUCGGUACCACUCGGCAACUCGGGAUGCCUUUUAUCGUUGCUGUCCGUGGCUCGGCCAGAGACCUAGGGCUGACCGAGGGGAAUCUCUCAUUUUCAGUUUUUCAGCAAAUUCCGUUUCAGGACAAGCAGAGUCGCGGAGAGAUCCUAGGCUUUGCCUUCCUCUCCGUUUGGCAGCCCGGCCUCGUAGGCAGUGCCAACGGCAGCAGCAGAGCCACCGCCAGGGUCAACGUCUUCGUCCACCCCGAUUACAGGCGCAAGAAGAUUGGCUUUUCGCUCCUUGACAUGCUGCUGACGACCGUUUCUGACUGUUUCUCGUCAGAGACUGCAUACGACUUUGUCGAUCCUGAUAACAGCCCAGUGUACAAAAAGGGCCCCAACCGCCAGCGGCAGUAUUUUAAGGUGUACCUAAACUACCGCGUCAGGCACAAGCUCCCGGACGAAGGAAACCAGAAGCUGGAUUCCAAGCAGAAGACUUAUGACGCUGAUUUGGUUUGGGUCAGGAAGCUGGUGGAGGACCGGCUGAACUUCACCGAGCUGGUGCGCUACGAAGCGGUCCAUCGCUCGGCCAGAGGCCGGGGGCAGCCGGUCUGCUGGAUGGAUGAGGUUGUUUUUGAGCACACCUGUUCCUUCCGCGGCCCGACUAUGGUCGAAGCUGAAUAUUAA